AUGGUUUCUUACUUUAUUUUGAUAUUCGCAACAGCACUGAUAACACAGCUGAAUUACGCACAAGAAGACGAUGAUGAAAAGGAUUUGCCGGACAGUAUGAUCAAGAUACCGUCGCAGGUCUCCGUUAGCGGAAGUAUGACAUGCAAUGGAGCAGCAGCUUAUGCAGUGCUACUCAAUCUUGUUGAGAGAGUCGGAUGUACGUUCUGCGCUUUUUUCCUACGAAGCGAACUGUCGGUCUAA